GUUACAGUGCACGACCGUCCUCUUCUGAGUCUCAACAAAGUCGUGUAAAGGGUUCACCUACGGGAGCCUGACACUCCUCCUCCUGUACUCACGUCUGACCUCGGCUAGCUAUCCGCGACGCCCAUCUUGAGGUGCAUUGAGCAGGCUGCCUCGCCGCUCCGCAAAUCCUGCGCUAUCCUAUCGAAACAUCCCAGUAUAGGAGCUUUACUAGCUAGGCUGUGAGACGGAGCUACGACGCAAAUCAAGCCUAAUUAAAAAACGGUGUUUUGAGGCCACCAGGUGAAUCAUAGCACUAGCGGGUCGGUAUAGCCUCGCCAGUCCCGGUGUACGAUCAAGAGUCGUCAAGCCACAUGGCCCACGCGCUCCUCAGUUACCGGGGUACUAGCGGGAUACCCUGCAGGCCUCGCUCUACCACCAUCGUUGACCUCCCACCCGACGUCCUCCUCAUCAUCUUUCGCUACGUGUCGAAGGACGCCGAGCUCCCAGGAGACAGCAAUGGCAUCCAUUCAAGACUGGCCGCGUUUCUAGAUCCUUGGCCCUCGCACCAUGACCGAUACCUUGACCAUCCUUUCCCAGAAUCCCUGGCAUCUAUUCGCCCCCUCUGGCGGAGCAUCAUGUCAAAUAUAUCCAUAUUCUGGACGCGACUUGUCAUUUGGAUUGGAAGGGACCCUACUCCGCUUUCUAGGAUUCACCAGUACCUCUCGUGGUCGCAGGACCGUCCCCUCGACAUCUACGUCUAUCGAAGGUUUGACCAGUCCGUACAGGAUCCUAACGAGAAGGCUCGGAUCGACGCCAUAUUCGAGCUGCUUCUGCCACACGUGAAGCGAUGGAGGACCUUACACAUGCAUCUUCUUUGCUCCAGUUCGCUCCCCCUCCCUCGCGUCGAUCUCGUGGGACGCGCAGACAGGCUGGUCACGCUCGUACUUCGGUUCAUAUUCGACGACCUUAUCGACAGCACCGGAUCGACCUCGCAUCUUGAAGACGAAUUCGAGACUCCUGUUCUGAGGAAUCUCUUUAUGGGUGGAGUCCACUUCCGCGAAUCGUACGUGAGACCGUUUCCGCGGUUGGCCAUGCCGCCCAAGCUCAGCUCCGUUGCCAUCACCGACUACAACUCGCACAACGUGGCUUUCCCGCUCGUCGACCUGCUUGCAUGUCUUGUGGGCUGCACGCAUCUGAGCAGUCUCGAGCUCGACAGCGUCUGCCUCGACUGCUCGUACACCGGGCCACACAUCAUCACUGCCGAGAUGCGCCUUCCCCGCUGGUCAGCCAAUGUCAAAUUCAUCGACAUCAGCGGCGACGUGAUCACGGAGUACAGCAGGCUUCUCGAUUACCCCGUUGUUGACAGUGUGUCGUACAGGCGAUGCACGACCGCCGUACCUCUGGGGGCCACUCUCACAGAUGGGUAUAACGUUGGCAUGUUCGAGAUCCAUAGUCCAACGGUACUCUUCAGCCUUCUCGCGGCUGCGCCUGAAGAUUUCUCAUUCUGCGAAACACAAUUUGAGGAUUGCGACGGUCUGACCACGGACGUUUUGCGCAAGCUGGCGGAGCCUAUGCACGAUCCCGAUGCAGAGGCGGAAUGGGUGCUCCAAGGGACGUGGUUAUGCCCGAACAUGAAGUCGAUCCAUGUUCUCGCAUGCACGCAGUUCCGAAGCGCGGACAUGCGCGCGCUGCUCGAGGCACGUCGCAGAGUGCACGCGGCGACGGGAUUCGCGGAUGCAGACAGCCCAGGGUUUCUGGUGUCGUCGGUGGACCAGCUGUACGUGCGUGGAUGCUGCGAGCUCGCCCCCGAAGAUGAAGUAUGGUUAGAUGUGAACGUCCCUCGGGUGCACUGGGACGAUUGGAAAGGAGGUUACGAUCGGCCGGGGCUGAGAAGGCAGAUAUCUUGAGCGCUUUGUAUCCACACUGUCGUAUAAGCUACCAUGUCCCCAACCGGUAGCUAAAUGAAGCGAGUCCCCCAUUCACUUUCUCCAGCACCGGACUUAGUA